AUAUCAAAGAGCACGUGAAGCAGCUGGAGAAGGCCGUGUCAGGGAAGGAGCCACGCUACGUCCUGCGAGCCCUGCGGGCUCUGCCCUCCACCUCGCGCCGCCUCAACUCCAAUGUGCUUCACAAAGCCAUCAAUGGCUUCUUCACCUCCAACAGCACCACACGGGACUUCCUCCUCGGCUUCCUGGAGGAGUCCAUGGACACGGAAGCGGAGCUGCAGUUUCGCCCGCGGACGGGGAAGGCGGCCUCAGCCCCUCUCUUGCCAGAAGUGGAGACCUACCUGCAGCUGCUUCUUGUCAUCUACCUGAUGAACAGCAAGCGAUACCCAGAGGCUCAGAAGGUGUCUGAUGACCUGAUGCAGAAGAUCAGCUCCCAGAACCGCCGAGCCCUUGACCUGGUGGUGGCAAAAUGUUACUAUUACCACUCCCGCAUCUACGAGUUCCUGAAUAAACUCGACGUGGUCAGGAGCUUCCUGCACGCCCGGCUACGGACGGCCACGCUGCGGCACGAUGCGGACGGGCAGGGCAACCUCCUGAACCUGCUGCUGAGGAAUUAUCUCCACUACAACCUCUAUGACCAAGCAGAAAAGCUUGUCUCCAAGUCUGUGUUUCCUGAGCAGGCCAAUAACAACGAGUGGGCUCGGUACCUCUACUACACAGGGCGCAUCAAGGCCAUCCAGCUGGAGUACUCGGAGGCACGGAGGACGAUGACCAACGCCCUGCGGAAGGCGCCGCAGCACACGGCCGUCGGCUUCAAGCAGACAGUGCACAAGCUGCUCAUCGUGGUGGAACUGCUGCUCGGGGAGAUCCCAGACAGGCUUCAGUUCAGACAACCCUCCCUCAAGCGGUCGCUCAUGCCCUACUUCCUCCUGACUCAGGCUGUCAGGACUGGAAACCUGGCCAAGUUUAACCAAGUCCUUGAUCAGUUUGGGGACAAGUUCCAGGCUGAUGGCACCUACAUUCGGCUGAGGCACAACGUCAUCAAGCCGGGUGUCCGCAUGAUCAGCCUCUCCUACUCC